AUCGCUCUCAUCAAACGCGUCCCCCACAGGCUAUGUGCCGCAUAUCAAAAUCCCUCAUACUGCCUACCUCAUCGUAUUCUACACGUGACUAUGAUGGACCAGGCAUAGAAGAUUUUUAUGUUGGGUAUAUGUAGAGAACGAUUUUGAAAUUCAAAGCGAGAUUCAAAGAAGUAACAAUUACUCAAUUACGUGUCUUCGCGCCGCCACAACAUACCAUUCAAGUGCUGGUACGCUUUUUAUGAACCACUCCCCUCAUUUUGAGGUCGAUAGUAAGCAUAUGACGGUAUUCUUUCCUUUGGUGAUAUAGUUCGUCUCAUAUUUAUGCUUGGUUGGGGAAAAUGUCCUUGCACGCGUUGGACAUGCACCCUCGGAUGCCCGGAGGCGACAGACAUCUGACCUUUUCCGAAGCUGCCGGUUCUGAGGCUAGUCCAAUCUCACGCGAUCCUUCGCCCUCUGAAAACAGGAAUCUUCUACAACAUGCCGAGUCACCGCAGGCCAAGAAAGCCAUUCGAAACAAAAUGUUUUCUUCGUGGCUCAAUUGCCUUCUCAUCUUUGUACCCAUCGGCGUUUGGGCGUUCUGGUUCGACAAAGCCCCUCUGGCCAUAUUCAUCACUAAUGCCAUAGCGGUGGUGCCGCUGUCCUCCCUGCUCACUGGAGCCACCGAGAUGAUUGCUUCAGAUGCUGGCGACACAGUUGGAGCUUUGCUGAACAUUACCAUGGGAAACCUCGUGGAGCUAAUCUUAUUCAUAAUCGCCCUCAAACACAAUCAGAUACAAGUCGUUCAAGCGUCAAUACUUGGCUCAAUGCUCGUCAACUUAUUGCCAGUUCUUGGCACCGCCCUAUGCGUCUGCGGAAUAUCGCGACAGGAGCCAGCCUUGAAUACUUCAGAGACCCAACUCCUGGGCUGCCUUCUCUUUGUUUCAGUUUUUGUUCUUCUGAUACCAGCAGCCUUCAGCCAUACGUUUCAAGCACGUGAUGGAGCGAACGAAGCCAUGUUGACAAUGAGCAGAGCUUCAUCAUUCGUGGUUCUAUUCAUAUACAUAUUCUACUUCGUCCAUGAACUGAGAGAACAACACAUCUCUGCGGCAAAACAGCUAGACACAACGGAUCUAGAAGAUGGUGGUGCGAUAGUACCAUGUAACCCUGCAUUCUCGCCUCGCACCACUCGGCCUGGGAAUUUAGAUGGGAGGAUGACAACUGGCACCAACGAAGUUAAUGACGGCAGAGAUACCUUCAUAGAGCUCGGAAAUAUUGAGCUCUAUUCAAGUUCCGCAUCUUCGCAUGAGGAUAGCGAUGAAGAACGUGGAAGAAAAGAGGAUAAGGUCGAACAAGGGGGAAGCCGUGAGAGCUCAUGCGAGAUUUCAGAGGCACUAAGUCGUCAGUCACUUUGUCAUUCGAUUGCGGAUCCUAGCCGACUCGGCCGGGUCCGAGAUGCUUCUGAGACCAGGAUUGGCGGUCACCGAAGGUCCUGCUCAAAUAGAUUACGCAUCUUCCAGACCAGCCGUUCGAAAGUCGCAACGAUUCACGAUAAGAGCUCCCGGCGGUCUUUGGGAGAGAAAGCGAUUUCUGUCAUUGCAUUAAUCAUAAGCUCGGCCUUGAUGUCAAUGUGUACCGAGUUUCUUGUCGGAACUAUUGACGAUAUAACACAUCAAGGCCAUCUGUCAGAGUCUUUCAUUGGCCUGAUCAUUCUGCCAGUUAUUGGCAACGUGGCAGAAUACGUCACUGUCGUAACAAUGGCGUCAAAAGAGAAGCUAGAUCUUGCCAUCGCGGUUGCAGCUGGUUCAGCCAUACAGAUCGCGCUUUGCGCAGCGCCCUUGACCAUUUUUGCAGGCUGGAUCAUGCACCGAGAUGCCUCUUUCGACUUCAGCUUAUUCGAAGCGGCUGCCCUUUUAGGCGCAGCCACACUAUCAACACGGCUUCUCUUAAGCGAUGGAAGGGGCAAUUUGAAGAUGCCGGGUAUCAAAGGAACACUCAUGUGUGCUUGCUAUGCAUUGAUCGGAGUUGGCUCUUUUCUUUUACCGGACAUCGAGUCAUAGCGAUUUCACGGCUCGAAGCCCUGAGACUCUCAUCUUCCAGGAUGUCAUAUCAGACCGUCUACUACUCCUAGCAUAAACAAAAUCGACGUUGUAAUAAGACUCAAACCCC